AUGGUGCAAUGUGUGAUUGGAAUUACAAAAGUUAUAUCAACCUCAUUCACUUAAACCACAGCAUUCACAGAUCAUGAAGGUAAAAAAUUGAAAUAUUUCAAGGUUGGACAAUAUCAAACACAUAUAAUUUAGGCCAUUCAUCGUGUGGUGGUGUCUAAUUGUUUGGGGGUAGUAAUGAAUUUGAUCAAUCAACUGGCAUUGUGAAACUGUUUACACUUCCACCUCACUACAAGCUAUAUCUAUCUUUUGUUGUUUAUAUGUAUAAAUUUAUUCAAUCGUUAUUAGUAUUGAUAUGACAUCUGAAUAUACUAUAAAUGUCUUUUUGGAUUAAGCACUUCAUCAAAUCAUUAUACCUAUGGCUUCAAGUGAUAUAUGUAGAUCAAUUCAAGUAGAUUAAAUUUUCGAUGUUGCUGUAAAUUAAUUUCAUUCUUUUCCAACAACCAUUAUUUCAAUAGUUGGUUCGCUGGGUUAAACGUCGGUAAAUUAAAGAUUGAGAGUAGGUUUACUGGGGAAUACGUGAUUUUGUACUAUCAGUAGAUACUUGUCCACCAAAUUGCUAAAUAUGUUUUCCAGGAUCCGAAGCUUUUGAAUGUAAAUAAUGGAAAUUGUUUCACUCGGCUUGGAAUAGCACAGACAUAAAUGAUUUUAAUAAUGAUGGGUGGUAUACACGGUCAAUUGUAGGCCCUACAACAUGCGCUUCAAUCCCGAUCUAUGGAGGCUACAAUAGUAUGACAGCAGCAGGAGCAAUGGAUAGAUAAUUUAAUUUGCCCCCUCACUCCGAUUUAUAUUUCAUAUAUAGAUUUGUCAUCAUAGACGAUUGGACUGGGCAAACUGGUAAUUUUAAGAUAGAAAAUUUGAAUUUCUAUUCUAUCUACAAUCAUAUUGGAACUUUAAGGAAUUUUUGUGGGGAUGGUUUGCUAGCUGAUUAAUUUCAUAUACAUGGAAUUGAGUUUCCUCAUGAUAAGCCAAGUAUAUCACUCCUCAUUACUAGUGAUUUGGUUGAUUCAAGCAAAUUUUUUGGAAUAAGAGAUUUUUUUAUUUAUGGAUGUAAGAAUAUAUAUAUACUAUUAUUUAGAUACACUCUCUACUUUUUGUGGAGAUGGAGUGAUUGAUGAGAAUGAAUAAUGUGAUGAUGGAAAUAACUAAGCAUUUGAUGGUUGUUUUAUUUGUGAGUACUCAUGUACGGAGGGAUGUUCAGCUUGCAUAUAAGGGAAGUGCUAUGAUUGCUAAGAUGGAUGGAUGUUUGAUAUUCUGGAUGAUUAAUGCAUAUAUUAAUAGUCUCAAGAUUAGAUUGAGAAGGAUCAAAUAAGGGACAAUCAACUUGAUAUUCAUAAUUACUAAAUCAAUUGUAUUUAAUUUAAUCAACAAACUUAAUGUAUUAAAUGUAAAUUAGGAUAUGAAUUAUUUGAAUAUUGUUAGCCAGUCUGUGGAGAUGGAAUAGUAGCAGGUAAUGAAGAGUGUGAAAUUCAUCAAAAGAAUUGCAAUAGUCUUUGCCAAUAUCAAUGUUAAGAAGAGUGCGAGGUGUGUAGUUUUGGUAUAUGCUAAUAAUGUACAUCUGGGUAUGUGUUGAAGAAGUCUGAAUGUCUACCAAAAUGUGGAGAUUAUCAAAUUGAAAAGCAGGAGUAAUGUGAUGAUGGGAAUAUAGUCAGAUUCGAUGGAUGCCAUAAUUGCUAGAAUGAAUGUUAGGAUUCGUGUUUACUUUGUGAAUUAGGACAAUGUUUAAUGUGUAGAGAAGGUUGGAUAUUGGAGAAUGGAUAUUGUGAUUCUAAGUGUGGAGAUUAAUAAAUUGCAUAAGGUUAGGAGGAAUGUGACGAUGGGAAUGACAUUUAAUUUGAUGGAUGCUAUGACUGUAAAUUAGAAUGUCCUGAUCAAGGAUGUGCUGUCUGUUACUUGGGUGUUUGUAAUAGUUGUCACUUUCCUCUAACUUUGUAUAAAGAGUAAUGUUUGGUUAUCUGUGGAGAUGGACUAUUGGCAUCAGGAUAUGAAGAUUGCGAUGAUGGCAAUGACAUUCCAUAUGAUGGGUGUUAUAAAUGUAAGUACCAAUGUUAUAAGGAAUGUAAGACCUGUGAUCGUGGUGUUUGUUUGGAUGAAUGUGAUUAUGGAUAUUACUUAGUGAAUCAGAUAUGCGUUCCAUUUUGUGGAGAUGGGAUUAUUACAAUUGAUGAACAAUGUGAUGAUGCCAAUUCUAUAGAAUACGAUGGUUGUCAUUAAUGUGAUUACUCGUGUCCACAAAAUUGUCAUGUUUGCGAAGAAGGUAGAUGUUACAAAUGCAAUUUUGGAUUCUAUCUGAACGAUCAAAAGUGUAUCACCAAAUGUGGAGAUGGGUUGAUUGGAUUCCCAGAUGAAGAAUGCGAUGAUUACAAUAAAAACAAUUAAGACGGGUGCGAUUCCAAUUGUCUAAUAGAAACUGAUUGGACUUGCACACAACCUUCAGAAGACUCAUUUAGUUAAUGCUCCUACAUGGUUGCUCCAGCAAUGAAACUUACAUAUAUUACCUAAGAGUAUAACUUUUAAUACGUUGAACUCAGUUUUACUCAAAAAGUUAGAUGUUAUGUAUAGAAUUAUACAUCAUACAUCAAUGCCACUCUUUUCAAUUUUAGUGCUGAUUCUUAUAGAAUUAAUAUCAUUGAAACUACGGCAGCUAAUUAUACUUUGUAAUCAGUAAAUUAUGAAUUCAAAAUAGAAAUACUAGAAUAAGUUAAAUCUGAUAUCAUUUUGGAAAUAAGUCUCAACGAAUAAUUAUAUAAUGGAAUUGAGAUGAACUUGGUUAAAUAAUCAUCAAGCAUCAAAUUGAAUGAGCCUAAAUUGCUGAAUCAGAAUUAACUCACAGUUUCAUCCUCAUUAUAAGAGAUGAACAAGAUCAUCUUAUAUAUAUCAUGCAGCAUUGGAUUGUUAUAUUUGAUGUUUGGUAAGAUUGGAGUAUUUCUAGACAUAUUGGAUAUCUUAUAGUAGUAGUCUUAUCUGAAAUAUAUCAAUGUGGAAAUUCCACAGAACUUGAAAAUCUACUAUGAGUCCAGCAAUGCCAUCUCUUUUCAACCAUUCCUGUAAUACCUUAAUCUCAACACAUUAAGUUCAAAUUAAUUGGAAUUUUAAUACAUUGAGGCCAAGUACAAGUUCAAAGAGUACGAAGUAAAUGCUGACAUUGCUGCAAAUCUAUAGCUGUUUUUGAUCAUUGUGACGACUGUAUUCAUUUCUAAGUUCAUUUUUAAACAACUACUCAAAUAUCUAUUUAAAUCCAAUAUACCUAUGAUAUAGCAAUACAAAUUUCAAUUGCAUUCCACAUUUACAUUGAUAAUCUCAAAACUCUAUUUCAAUUUUGCUAAGCAAGGAUUACAAGUCAUCAUUUACUCUAACAGUUUUGAUUUGCUUUUCAUCUCCUGUAUUUAGUUGAGUGUUGAUUGCGAUUUAUACAGAACACUCCUGUCAGUAUGGAUUAUUGUUUUCACAACCCUUGUAAUAAUACAACCUAAGAAGAAUAGAUAGCAAAAUAGUGUUAUCAUCGUCAAGAAACUUGCAUACAUUAUGAUUCUGGUGUUUUACCAAUCUUGUUAGAUAGUUCAAUCGAUAUUGUUGUCGUUGAUUCAAACUUUUUAUAUGUCAUUUUUAAUCAGUCAGUAAAAAAGCAUGUCUCUCUAAUUUUUGAAGCAGUUUAUGGCUGAAGUAUCAAUGCUAUUUACUCUUGUAAUGAACUUUAGCUACUGGGAUGAGUUAAUGACUUAACUUAAUUACCAGAACAAAGUAGAUAUUUCAUGGAGUCAAAUUGCAUUGUUAACUUCAUCGUUGGCUUCUAUCAUUUUGGUAGAGACAUACAAUUCUUUUUUGAAUAUUUAUAAGAAAGUUUAAUAGAAAAUGAAGGGAAAACCUUGUAACUCAAAGUAGCCUUUCGAAUAAAUGAUUGUUUUUUGA